AUGCCGUUCUCCAAGUCGGCCCCUUCUCACAUAUUUAUCGUUCGCCAUGGAGCCCGGUUAGACAUGGCCGAUGCUCAAUGGCAACUCACCUCGCCAACACCAUACGAUACACCCCUCACAUACGGGGGAUGGACCCAGUCCCGCUCGGUAGGAGUUCGAAUAGCCACGUUGAUUGGAAAUCAGUUGGACCAUCCGUCCUCUCCAUUAAUGGCCGGGGGCAAAGGGGAAGCAAAACGAAAGAGGAAGAGGGCCAAGAAAGUGCGGGUUGUCAUUCACUCUUCUCCUUUCCUCCGGUGCAUCCAGACGAGUGUGUCCAUUGCCGCGGGGAUGGCCCAGCACCACCACCAAGAGGUUACAAAUGCCCACUUUGUCGCUGAGCACCCCAUUGAGCCGACUACGGAAGCCCGAUCCAAAUUUCAGUUCACAAAGCCGCUUCUGCGAUUGGAUUCGUGGUUGGGGGAGUGGCUGGCCGAGGAUUACUAUGUCGAUAUUACUCCGCCACCUCCAACCUGUUUACUUAUUGGAACUGCGAAAGCGGACUACAUUCGGCCAUCCUCCGCGAGUGGGAUUCCUGUAGCUCCUGUCACCAAUGCCUCGCCUUUGUACAAUCUUUCUUCCCUGACCACCUCCCUUCCGACCACUUUCACCGGCGGGUAUGUGCCACCCUCGCCAACCUGGGCGAUCUCCAAUCACGGGAAAAUUCCGACUGGCUACGUUUCGCAUGCCAAGGAAUAUGUUGAGUUUGAUCUCGGAUGGGACUCUUCAAAAUUGGGAAGUGGAGCAGAGUAUGCCGAGGAAUGGGCUAGCAUGCAUACCCGUUUUAAGAAUGGGUGGAAGAAGCUGCUUUGGUACCACUCUAGCGAGGAUCCGAAGAUGACUACUUCCCCCACCCGGUGGAAACGUGCGACAGAGAUCAGCUUCUCGGAGACCAAGGAAAAGAAGACUUCUUCUAGCACUGCAACCGUCACCGCAGUCGACCCCAACACCACUAGAGGGAGUACGGGGGGAAAUCCGACACCCCCGUUAUCGGACGGCGAAGGGGGAGCGGAAGAGGAGGAUAUGGAAGAGGAAAUCCAAACGGUCCUAAUCCUUGUCACCCAUGGCGCUGGCUGCAACGCCUUGAUCGGCGCCAUCACGCAUCAACCAGUCUUAAUAGACAUUGGCAUCUCUUCACUCACAAUGGCCGUGCGCAGAGACUUGGACCCAGACCCACCACCAUACCCUACCAACAAUACAAAAACCUUCCAUCACCACAGCACCUCAGCCCCAACGUCUGGAGAAAUCCCCACGCCACCCGUACAAUAUGAUUUGAAGAUUACAGCAAACAACGAUCAUCUCCGCACCUCUACCCCGCUGUCCACACCCCCGGUUAGCCCGAACCUACGUUACGGCCUCAAUUCCCUAGCUCCAAUUGGGAACUUUACGCUUAGUGGCAGCGGUGUCGGUAGCAUGUCUAGGGUGUUUGGCAAUAACACUGUCCGUCGUAGCGCGAGCUCUGUCGGACCGCUGGGUUCUGGGAAUCACAGGGGAUUGUGGAGCGGGCGCUCAGGGCGUGAGUCCCGUCCUGACAGUCGGGAGGAAUUCACACCCCUGAGCCUAUCCGGUUCGUCCUUCACGAGCGCGGUUGAUGAGGGCAGCGAUGAUGGGAGUUCAGGUAGCGUGACGGGCCUUUGGGACGCGAGCGGAUGGGAGCGGAAGAGAAGGUGGACUGUUUCUCGCAGUGGCGUCCCCGGUUAAAUAUUCAAUCCUUCAGAGUGGGAACGCGGUGAUAAUGUAGUGUACAAAGAAGUGUUUUUAAUCCCGCUGGUGGGUUUUCAUCUUGUUGUUUCUUGGGUAUUGUUUUUUUUUGGGCUCUUAUUCUUCUCACUCAACUCCAUGGUCGGCGUCCUUGUUUUUCAGAUCUAUUUUUCUUCUUCUUUGCACCGCCCUUUGCGUGAUCCCCACUCCUAGUUCUUUGUCCGUCUUACCUACGUGCGCACUUAUUUAGUUAAUUAAUAGGCUGCUAUCCUAAGUUAUCUUGAGGAGAUACUU